AUGAGUACGGAUGUAAGUUUAUGCCACAAUGGGGGUGCAGCAGAAGCGGAAAAUGAUAAGAUGGAAAGUAUGGAAGAAGGCGAAAUUAUUGACACUGAAGACACAUCAUACAUACCUUUGGCGCCAGUAAGAAUCUUGCUUGUGUUAGAGCGAAUAAAUGGAGAUACAAACGAGGAUGUAAGCAACUCAAGUGAUGAUGAACCUCCUGAAGAAAUACUUAAUAGAGUUGCGAAAAAGAAGGCUGAGGAAAAAGAGGAAGCUCUUACGCAACCGCUUGAUCCUACACUCUGCACUAUUUGUCAGAAGGUUCCUCAUAAAUACAGGUGCCCCAGGUGUGAUCUCAGGACAUGUUCUGUGGACUGUUCUAAGAAGCAUAAGGAAUUAAAAAACGUAAGUGUGCUUGCUAUUGUCAGUGUGUGA